CCUCUUUAUUUGAGCUAUAAGUUAAUAAUGACGUUUAUUUCGUCAUUCAAAUUGGAGAAAAAAUAAUAAAGAGAUUUAAGAAGAUACGGUGUGAAAUGUGGUUUAUAUAGUGAAAUACGAGAAAAUUCAUAAGUCCUAUCUGGAAGAUGAUAUGAGCUGAGUUCCCGCGUAUCCCCGACUGUUUCGACGAUAUCUACAACUUUCGUGUUUGGUUCGAAAGCCAAUUCUUUGAGGAAGGUUGUCAGAUUUAUAAAUUUCUGGAGAUUUCACAGUGAAAAAUGGUGCUGAACCGCAGGUUUUCGGACAAUAAAAAAUUCAUAUCUCACAAUCCGCUCAUCCGAUUCCCUCGAAAAUUUAACUAGAGCUCCGUGUCAUCAUUACCGAGAUUUCAUAUGUUCGGACCGAAGACCGAUUAUGCACUGAAAACUCCCAGCAUUUUGAAGAACAUUGUAAUCUUUCGGUAAAAAGUGCAUUUUCGGGUAUGUCGCGCCAAGUUUGAAAAUUCAUAACUUCUUCGAUUUUUAUCGUAUGAAGUCCAUUCCGGCGGCAUUUUUUCAGAAAUUUCGUUAGCUUCGAUUCUUUGUCACACGUGCUUGUUCAGAUUUCGAGCCGAAGGAUGAGUUUUAUCGAGUUCUUUGAGCGGUACGCACAAAAUUCUGCACAGUCGCACCAGAUGAACCGAUUUUUCUCGUCAUUCAAACGCGCAUAAUUUCCUCACCGUUUGUCGGAUUGAGACGAUUCUCGCGGCUACGAGUCACAAAUUUAGUCAUCUUCGAGAUGACGUUGGUCCCGUUUCCGGAUUUUGCACCGAGUCACAUUUCCCCGAAAAUAAGCAAAAAGAGAUACGUCGGGGGCAUUUUUGACAUUUCACCACUUACCCUAUAUAAACAAUUUUCCCUCCUUUUUUCUCAUAACUUCAAUUCACCCAAAAAUCUCAUAAACUCUUCUCUUAAUUCUCUCUCAAAUUCUUAGAAUCAAAACUACAAAAUUACUCAAAAACUCCAACAAUUUUCAUCAAUUUCUCAAGAACAUAACAACACAAAAUGGAUUGAAGCACAAGAACUUUUAUCCCUCCCUCUCAAUCAAAACGCUGCACUCUCUUCCUUCUCCCUCCGUACGCGUCGCUACCAGAGCAUCCUCCGGCCACCGCAUCGCCGUUGCCGCUCUCCCUCAUCUCGCUGGAAAACCAACGCUGUUCUCUCACUGUUUUGCGUGAUCUCAGCAACUUUCAAUUCCUCUUCAAUUCUUAAUCCAAUUCUUGAGGUAAUCCUUUGAAUUCUCAUAGUGUUGUAGUCAAUGAUGCAACGUAAUUUUGAUUGGAGGAAUUGGAUGUGAAUGGUUGUAUAACAUAGCUUAGAUCUAAUCAUGAUUGCAAAUUGGUAGAACUUAACUUCUAAGCUAACAUAGAAUCCUCGCACAAAAUGUUUGUACUCUAUGUGUUUGUGAUAAAUCUCCAUAGAAGUGACAUAGGUUAGAAUUCUAUUAUUUAGUGAUACUUGUUUUAUCUUGCUGUUGUUUCUUGAAUUAAAGGUGAUAAAGCUUGGCAUAGGUUGAUAUGUUUUGCUAAUUGGUUGCGACUUUGUACUUAUGUGUUGAUAUUUGAAGGUUUGUUGCUUAUGGAAAUUAAGGAUUGAAAUGAUAACUGAGGCAUAUGGUUCUCGAUUGGAGUUUGUUGUUCAUGAAUGUUAUGGAUUGCAUGCUCAAAAUGUGAAUUGAGCCUUGGAAAUAGAAAUGAUAUGGUGCAGAAUUUUUGUUGUUGUUAAUGGUGUGUUCUUGAAUUGUCAUUGAUGCAGAAUUUUCGAGGUUCAAUUAUUGUGUUGAAAAAUAAGAACGCUGGAAAUUUGGUGAUGUUUUAGUGUUGUUUGAAUGAUAUUUUAAUGCUAAUUCAAUACAUGAACAAUGCUGGAAAUUAUUGGUUUUAAAGUGUUGUUGUUGGACACAAUAUUUGCAUAGAAAUCAUGUUAAUUCAAGUGCCUAUGUGCUGGAAAUUUUUGUGGUGUUAUUUGAUAUUGUUAGCAUGAUAUUUGUUUGAAAUGGUGGAUUAAAGAGAGGGUUUAAUAUUGGAAGUUUACUUGGUUCUUCUUUACUUGAGUUGUUGAGCACUAAUUGUUGAAUUUGAUGGAUAACACUUGAUAACAUGUGGUGCUAAUUGUUGAAACUUUUGAAACAAUGUUGAGUCUACUUGUUGAAAUGUUCAUUUUCAUGUUGUUUCUAUUGAUUGAUGUGCAUUGAUAGAAAAUUAGAGAUUUAAUGGUGAGCUAUAAAAUGAUGUGGUAACUUGUUGAUUCAUGAGGAUUAAAGCUUGCUAACACUUGAGUUUUUUUUUACUAUUUGAAAUGCUUGGAAAUGUAUGAAUAAAUAUGUUUGAGUUUCUAUGUGUUGUUGCUAGUAUUUGGCUAAAUUUGUGAUUUGCUUGGGACUGUUUUGUCACUCUUAUUAUGCAGCAUUUUAACUGGUUCCAUUACACUACAUUUCCAUUCCCAUAACUCCUAAAAUUUGCCAUUUUCUUACAUUUUUGACAUGAAAAUUGAUAUGUUUGGUUGUUGGUUGAUUUCGAGUGAUUAUAUGGUUUGAUUAAGUGCUAAUAGAUGUGUUAGAGGUGCUGGAAUUUUUCUGUUUCACUUGUUUGGUGUGUUUCUACUUGUUUUUGAGCUUACGCGCGCGGUAUGUCGGCUUUAUCAAAUUGGUCAUAACUUUUGAUUUAGGAAGAGUUUUUGAGCAUGUGAAUAUUGUUUUUCAUACGUAAUAAUAUUUUCGGAGCUGUUUGUACAGUUUAUUUUCGGUUUCGACUGACUUUUUUUACCGUUUUUGCUACUGCCCCUGUUUCGAAAGUCGCGCUUCCGGGCCGAUUUUGUAAAUUCUGACUUCAUAUUUGAGUUCCUUGACAUAUUUUUAGCUUACCAUAAAAUUUUGGUUUAAUUCUGACGAGUUUAGUUUUCACUGUUUUUACCCGGUUUUGCCGUUUCGGUGUACCGUUGUGCAUGUAAAUACUUGUGUUGGCUUCCGUAGUUUUAGUGUACAUAUUUGAUUUGUUUUUGAAUACUAUCUCAUGUUUCUUAUUCGCUUUUGUUAUGUUUUCACUUUCUAUUCCGUUAUCCAUUUCCGGUUCAGCUUAUAAUUCAAUAACGCAAUUCCGAUUGCGGUGCUUUGUUAUCUCUAACGUGUGUGCUAGUAUGCAAGGCAACACGGAGGCUCUGGUCGAUGCCCGCUCUCGUGUUCCGCUUUAUUUGCGGGACACGACAUUUAUCCUCUCUCUGAUUCGCGUUUCUACACGCAUCCUUUAUCAUUAUACUUGCUUGUCCGGAUUUCUGUUUCCCUUGCAGGUGUAUGGUAUUCGUUGUGCCCGAUGCACACGUUGGCGCGUGAUUUACUUUCAUCGUACCGAUUCUUGAUUGCUUAUGCGGAUUUUAAUCGGAGUGCUGACAUGUUUGCUGUUGCUUUUGCUAGCUCGCUCGCGGGAUCCUAGUUUACUCACUCUCCUCGCUUUAGCUUACGGAUCAUCAUCCGUUUGGUAUUGAUUCCGUUUCAUUUUACUUCUUUCUGUACUUUAUCGCUUUCUCGCAUCAUCCUUUAACAUGAGAAGUAGGACCUAGACAUGCAUCUGGCCAAGCCCUCGAAAGAGGCUCUGUUUUUGUUGGUGUGUUUAUAUUUGUGCUUUGCGGCAGGGAGUCACGGUGUAAUAAGUCCUAUAUGGCACUCCGUUAAGUCCUCAUGGAAGGCAUGCGGUCAAGGGUUCGUAAUCAACCCCCGCCUAGUCUCAUCGAGUCUGUUUGGUAUGCGCACGCCUCGCGUUGCUCGCUUCCGAACGUGCAAAAGAUCUUGUUAUCGAGUAUGUCAGGAAAAGGGUUCAUGCAAUCGGACCCCCGUCUUUCCUAUAGCUCGCGUCGCUCGACGUUGAUGCUCGGUGUACGCACGCACCGUUUUCCUUUACGAUCCGUGACGGCUUGGUUGCUGAGAGGGGACCGCCCUCUUGUCUAUGGCCCGAUCAUUUUCACGAGGUCUAAUGCUUGGUUGACUUGGGUUGAGCUGCUCCCCUUGGCUAUGGCGGGACCUUUUUUCUACCAUUCGGUCAGUACCGUUGGUUUUGUUUGCUUUACGAGUGGAUGCUCGUUUGUGUGCUAUUUGUUUGCUUUUGCCCUUUUCCCUCGUAGGUUGUUAGUUUAGUUAUAUUUGCACCCUUUGUAUGAUAACAUUAGGUAUCAAGCUUUCCCCCUUAGCUUAGGUCUUUCUCAUGCAUUCUUUAAAACACAAACCACACUCUUUGAUUUUCUUUUCUUAAGAACUUGUUAUUUCCGCUCCAUUCCCAAGCAUAAGUCUCCAAAGGUCGAGCAGCGGAGUGUGAAUGUAACUCGUUCACCUAAAAAAUACAAAACAAACAGAAACUAGUUAGCCGAGCUACGGUAGCUCUGAUUCUGCAAAACAGAUACGUAGGCAGCGGGGUAGGGCCCGUGCGAGCACAAUCCUUUCUUUUCCCUACAUUUUGCAUUCAUUUUAGUCCAGAUUAGCGUAGAUUUAUUACACACCCAUAGAUUUAGACACAAGCGUGGAUACCAUCGAGUACGAUGGGCGCGAGGGGUGCUAAUACCUUCCCCUCGCGUAACCGACUCCCUUACCCUUUUUCUCUGGUCGUGAGACCGUUGUUUUGUUUUGUGGUUUGCUGGCAUUCCCUUCCUUUUCAGGAUAAAUAUGUUAGUGGCGACUCUGUUAAUUUUCGCGGUAGCGACAGCUGGCGACUCUGCUGGGGACGUCUUGACCUGUCGCUGGUCCGGACCUAGCGAGUCGAUCCUAGCGCUUGUGUGUUUAUCUUUGGGUGUUUUUACUGCUUUGCAUAUUUACCUGUUUGCAUUGCAUUCUAUGUGCGCUUUUACUUUUCUGCAUCAUAUUCUGGACUGUCUGGAUUUCUAUCUGUGGGUGGGUGUUUCAAGAGGUAAAAGGCCCAAUACCCAGGCUAUGAGUGAUACCAUAGGAACUAGGAAUAGAGUGGCCGUGACGGACAGAAGGCGUAUGCCUGAUUGAUCUGAUCACGUAUCCACGGGCAGAGCUUGGUGGAAUGAGGCAAUAUCGUAUGAUAGCGCCUACAUUCGAUCCUCUGUUGGCUUUUCGACCUACCUUGGCCUAGAUUUACCCGUGAGUGGGGCGGGAAUCAAUCAUUGCUUAACAGGUACAUUGAUGGUGACUUUGGUUCUUGUUCGAGGGUUACCGCUGUUCUUGUUCGUGGGUUACCGUGGUUCUUGUUCGAGGGUUACUUUGGUUCUCGUUCGAGUGGUUCCAUUUCCGUGAUGGUGACUAUGGUUUUGAUUCUAUUGGUUAUGUCCCGUGAUCUACGGGGAGUUCUGAAUUGGUGCCGAACCUUUGAACCUGUGCCAUGUGAUUUAUCGGUACCCCAGAUAUAUCCAGUAUUGUGGUUCCCACCACUUUGCAUCAUUGCAUAUUUACUUUUCCAAAAAAUGAUGUACAAAAAAAAAAUAACUAGCAUACUAGCAUACGUGUUCCUUCCAUUUCCAAGGAAUCGUUUCUUUAAGCCUCGUGUCGAGCUCUUCUAUCUUUUGUUAUCUAAAAAAUAAAGUAUGAGGAUUCCUUGGAAAUCGAAUGAACAUGGCAUUGCAUUUAUAUCAUACAUCUCAUACAUCUCAUGCAUAACAGGUGUUCAAGAUCAAGGAAUUCUUAUUCAAACUUGGUUCUUUCACCAGACUCAGAGACUUGAGUUGUUCUUAUUGUGUGCUAAAAGAUCAGUCAUGAAACAACUUUGUGGGGAUUUUACCGAGAAGAAAGCUCAGUCGGGGUUCUUUUUGAAGACUUGUCUUAUGCUCAUCUGCUUCCAUGCUUGCUUUAUUUGCAACUGGUUAAGCUCCGUACUGUGUGGAUGUCUACUGAUUCUAUGCUUGAUGACGAUGACACUAGGUGUGAGUUCUAUUCUGGGGCACCUGGUCGUGAUGUUAUGAUCUGCAAGUAUUUGAAAUUGCUUGGGGCUCCCGCACGAGGGAUAAGCAAGACACUGUCUAUCUUGAGCAUUGCACCAUUUGCAUUGCUCGAAUCCCUAAAGCAUUACAAAUUCCGUGUGACUUCACCAGAAUUUUCUGCCAGACAGUAAUUAAGAGUGAUCUGCAAGGGCACACCUCUCAUUCUCAAGGUUCUGCUUCACAUCCUGAGUCAUCUCCUCCUAGAGUUUCCUUUUCAGCAACCUUUACUUGUCAACAGAGACGGAAGGUGUAUAAGAAAUAAGCUGAUGUGAUCCUAGUGCCAUUAUGUUCAGUUGCUUCUGUGCUUGAUGGAAUUUCAAUCGGUUAAGACUCGUGCUUUGGGUGUUUCUCACCACAAAUAGCUCUCUUGAUUUCAAUGACAAUACUUGGUGUUUUCCAUUCUGGGGGCACCUGAUCAUAAUGUCAAGCCUUACAAGGUUUUGAGGUACAAAGAGUCCAGGACUUGCUCGAUACAGAGAUGUUUGAGUUUAUGGUUUCUACUGGUCAAUCCUAUUUCAUCCGCUGGAAGUAGAAUGUUUGAUCCUCCUCGAGGAAGUAAUUCAUGAGAAUCACUUGCAACUUGUACUGCCAGAGGUUUGUUUCACAACAACUAUUGUGUGUUCCAAGUAAUGACUUCGAUAGCCAAACGUUAGAGGUUGUUGUUGUUCGCCAAUAGUAAUACAAGUUUCCUCCAUUCAUGAUGGUGUUUUCUGUUUCAGCAGUUAUAUUUAGGGCUCCCGACCGAGGGAUAAGCAAGACUCUGUGUUCUUGAGUUCGCAUCAUUGGCAGCUCAAAUCCCUAAAGCAUUCUACAAACUCCAGUCGCGAUAUUUAGGGCUCCCGACCGAGGGAUAAGCAAGACUCCGUGUUCUUGAGUUCGCAUCAUUGGCUGCUCAAAUCCCUAAAGCUGAGCACUUGCAACUUCUGUAUGACUUUGCCGAAAUCUUCUUCCAGGAAGUAAUUCAAAGUGUUCUACAGGAACAUAUGUUGUUGUUGGGUGUGCUUUCCACUCUAGGGGCACUUGGUUAUCUGAUUGAAGGCUGUCAGCCAUUCAAAGACAAGGUUCAAGACCUGAUUUACUCAAAGGCUAUCACAUUCACACUUGAGGGCCAGAAUUGAAGUUCUCCUCCGACUCAGUGGAUCUUCUGAAGCAAUAAGUCCAUAUGGAGAGAAUCUCCUCAACAUUGGCAGUUCUUGAAUCAUCAUGCAUGUUCAUGUUUAAGCUUUCUUGCUUUGUUCAAUACUGUUGCAUGCAAAACUUGUUUAUUUUUGAACUAUAAUCAUAAUGCAUUGGAUAUGUUUGUCUUAAAAAAAAUCCAUUCGCUUUUGCUCUUAUAUGUUUUUAUGCUUUUUGUGAUACUUAACUCUUGCUACAUAAAGCAUGAUAACUCCGUAGGGAGAAUGAUGAACAUAAUACCAAUAACCUCAAAUGGUAUGCUUUUGAAUAGAACCUUGUUGAUGAUGUACAGGCAUUGUUUCAAAUUCCCAAACACUGGAGAUAUAAGGGAGUGAAACCCUCGUUAACCCGUCUGAGCCUUCGAAGUAGGAGUUUCUUUUCUAUUCACGAAAAAACCCUAACAUUCAACCCAGGGCCGGGUAGUGUUCAGUUAACCUGAUCAAGCAUUCAAAAUUCAUCAGGAGCACACAUCUAAGGAUACAAUAAUGGCUGUCUUUCGAAAGGUUGAGGAAAGUCAAAUCCACAACAGUUAUCCCUCGUCUCAAGAGGUCGAGACAUCAAGAUUAUCCCUUACAUCAGGAGGACGAACGAUGACGAUACCACAAUGGUAAUUCUUCAUCUACCAAGAAUUUAGGCAGUCACGAUCACUUCCAAUAAAGCAAAGGUAGUGCGGGAUCACACGACUUGUCAAAAAAAAAAAGGGGAAAGAAAGAAAGAAAAAAAAAGAAAAAAAGAGAAAGAAAAAAAAGAAAAAAAAGAAAAGAAAAAAGAGAAAGAAAAAAAAAGAAAAAAGGAAAUGAUAAUGAAAUUGUUAAUCAAGGACAAAGUCGUGUGAUGUUAAAUCAGGGGAUCAAGAAAGGUGAAGUGACUGUCGUGUCCGAAUGCCUCAUUGGCUCCUCAGUCAUCUCAAACUCCUCUUGAAAGACGAAUCCUCGUGUCAAGUUAACUGAACUUAGGACUGGAGAACAUCACGAAGGGGGUGGACACCAAAUAAUUUGAGCCUAAAAAUCCUUUUUCUAAAACCGUGAACCUGGCCACGUUACAACCCUGAAAAGUCCUAACUGAAGCAGGGGUUAAUUCGAAAGCAGACUAUAAACGAGAAUACGGUAAGCUGACUCCUAGGAGAUCCGCUAAAUGCUUGGGUUGGUAUCACACCAUCUUUCUUUCCUAAAAAAUCGAUGUUACGACAUCCCUUCAUAAAGUUUCUUUAAACUUCAAGACAAACAUACUCUUUGCAUUAGAAUUAUAUUUCUCAUAAUAAACAUUCUUUGCAUAUGAACAAGUGCUUGACAUCAAGAAAGUUUCCAUCAUGAACUUCAGAUGAAAAGUUUUAUCCUCCCGAAGGACAAGUUGUCUUCCGAACUCCGUUGAGUAGAGGCAACAAUAUUUCAAAGUCUGAUCACCCUCAUGGGCACAAAAGCAUUUGAUUACUCUAUCGAGUAAGUUUUCAAUCAAUCUGAGGCAAUCAGGUCAAGAUUCGAAGAAUCUCUCUAAGUGCUAGGCAAUCAGGGGCAUUCACCCAAGUGCAGUUGAAGUUACCUCCAACACUGAUCAAUCAAGGCGUGGUUCUAACAUUCAUGAUACUGGGGCAAGUUGGCUAUGAUUGCAUGAAUAUCAAGAAGUCCUUACGAGACGAAUUUCUUUAAAGUCCCUACAGGCUGGGGCAAGACACUAUGCAUUGGCAUUCUUUCCUCAUCAGGAGGUGUUCAAUUGAAAGUUCAGGUGUUAGCUAAACAACUUAUGAACUCGAAGGCUGUUGAAAGUCAGGAUCGUCAUCCUUAACAUUGAUCUGAGAUUGAAAGCCCAAUACUUGUUGGCAUCCUCAUAAUCAAUGCAUAUUUGCAGAACCCUAUGAAAGCCAAUGCCUGUUAGGUCCCUUUGAAGUCAACACUUGCUUGACCCAUUAAUCCCACUUGUUGGUGGUGUUCCCUUGAAGGACUAAUUCUUGUUUGAUGCUCCGGCCGAUACUUGUUUGGUGUUCUAAUCAUUGCUUGCCUAUCAGCUCAUUGAAUCCAGUGCCUGUAUGGAAAGUUUCAAAGCCAAGAUGGCUGACAAUCUAUUUGCUCUUGCAUUUUCCCAUUGUGGGUGAGCAUUACCGUUCUCUGCCAUGUGAGGAGACCCUGUAAAGAUGUUAUGCUAUAUCUUGGGGCAUUUCCAUCUGUUUAUCUCGUAGGUGCAUCCUUUCGAGUGCAUCACAUUAGCUUAUUGGUGGAUCUAGCCAAGUGAGAGAUUCUCAUUCCCCAACUGAGUGCGUCUAGAUGAGGUUUUCUUUGUUCCAAGAUUCUCAUCUCCCCAGCAAAGCACAUAUCAAUGCAAUUUCCGUGCUUCAGAAGUCUUAUUCCCGGUGGAAUGUCUUAUCCCCAGUUGAGUCAUGAUCGAAUGGUAUUUGAUUCCCCAACAAGCUCUUAAUGAGGUUCCUUGCCCGAGUCCCCCAUUCUCCCCAGUAGAGCGUUUCUCUCCCCAACAAAUUGACCUGUUGUCCCCAAGAGAGUUAUCUUAUUCCCCAGUGGAGUUGUCUUAACAAGAGGUUCUUAUGUCAAGUUCCUUAUCCCCAGCGGAUCUCUCAUAUCCUCAGCAGCUCGCUUUGAAGAAGUAUUCAUCUUCCCCACUGAUUCUUUCCUCAACAGAAUCUGUGUCCUUCAAGGAUUUCCCCAGCGGAAUGCAUUCUACACAAGCAAGUCGGUUACUCCCCAUCAGAGUUAUCUCCAUGACUUGCUCUUAUCUCCACAUCCCCAGAAUGUCGAGAAUUUGCUUCUCAUAUGAAGUUUCUAGGGUAUUCCCCAAGCAGUCAAUUGGGAUGUUCUUAUCUUCAGGCAAGAUUUAUUCCCCAAACAGAGCUCGCAUCCAGAUUUGAUCGUCUCCAGCAGAUUUCUGAUCCAUCUUUGCCAGCUCAUAGUUGUGACCCUUGGUCACUCAUCUUGUCCUCCCCGCAGAGUUCCAUAAUCUCUCAAGGAUUUCUUCAGCAAUUCAGUGCUCCUCCGUUGUCUCCCCAAGCAACGUUCGAAUCAUGCAUCAUUUGCAUUGCAUUCUAAAAAGCAUAUAGCGUCUUCCUUCUCGGAAACGUUAUUCCGUACACAUUCAUACAUGCAUCAUGCAUAAAUCAUAUCAUAUCUGUUUCUUUCUGCAGGACAGUUAUCCAGAUUCAAAUGCUCCCUAGAGAGCAAUAUUCGCCUAGUCAUUACAGGCGCUUAUCCUGAUGUUUUGAAUCAGAAGAGGAUUGUUCUACUUAUUUUCUGGCAUAGCUCAGAUCAGUUCCAAGACAUUCCUAUUCCCGAUGCCCCCAGAUCGGUGGAAGAUAUUUGUUCCUAUCCUGAUAUCCAGCUCAGUUGAAGGAACCGCCUCCGGAUCUCUAUAGAUCUUCCGAAGGAGCAAGCCCUCUGAUACAUCAGAUCAGUCGGAAAUAUCUACUCCCUGACGAUUUAGUUCGUUCAGAAGAAGAAACUCGCCUGCCCAGUCCUGAUGCCUAACCAUCAGUUGAAGACGCUUUCUUUACCCGGCGUACACAGUUCGGAAGAAACAUCUGUUCCUAUCCUAAUAUUCAGAUUCAGAUUAGUUGAAGGAACCGCCUCCGGAUCUCCCAAGAUCUUACGAAGGAGCAAGCCACUGAUAUCAUCAGAUCAGAUGGAGAUGUCUGCCUGAUCGACUUUGUCUUUCAGAUGAAGAUUGUCCUACUUAUUUUCUAGCAUCAUGUCUAGAUCAGUUUAAAGGCAUUCUUUCCCCGGCGUACACAGUUCGGAAGAGAUAUUGUUCCUAUCCUGAUUACCAGUUCAGUUGAAGGAACCGCCUCCGGAUCCCCGUGGUCUUACGAAGGAGCUAGCCGCUAAUUCCCAGAUUAGUUGGAAUAUCUACCUGAUGAUUUAAUUGCAUCAGAAGAGAUGUCUGCCCAGAUUCCCAGAUCAGAGAUACUUAUUACCCGUUGAUAUUCAGAUCAACCGAUGUAUCUCCUUCGAUUCCCAGAUCGACUUAAGACAUCUAUCCCGAUGCAUGUUCGGAGACAUCUGCUACGUCUGAUACUCAGAUCAGUCGAGAUGUUCCUUCUCUUGAUGCCCAGAUCAUCUGAAGUGUUUUCCCCUUCCUGUGGGUGCCCGUUCCUCCUUUUUCACAAGGUGGAGCAUAUUUAUUAUCCGGAUCAAUCGAAGUUUUUCUCCUCGCCUGCGGGGUGGUACAUUCCUUCUUGUUACAAGACGGAAUCUUCUAUUGAUCAAGAGCGCAAAUUUUCGAGUUCAUUCUGGUAUUCAAUCUCCUUCCACCUCAACGAUUCGAAACUUUCGUUUCUCACUCGUCAGGUUCAAGAAGUUUGAAUAGGGGCAGCUGUUGCACCCCAAAAUUUGCCCUCUUUAUUUGAGCUAUAAGUUAAUAAUGACGUUUAUUUCGUCAUUCAAAUUGGAGAAAAAAUAAUAAAGAGAUUUAAGAAGAUACGGUGUGAAAUGUGGUUUAUAUAGUGAAAUACGAGAAAAUUCAUAAGUCCUAUCUGGAAGAUGAUAUGAGCUGAGUUCCCGCGUAUCCCCGACUGUUUCGACGAUAUCUACAACUUUCGUGUUUGGUUCGAAAGCCAAUUCUUUGAGGAAGGUUGUCAGAUUUAUAAAUUUCUGGAGAUUUCACAGUGAAAAAUGGUGCUGAACCGCAGGUUUUCGGACAAUAAAAAAUUCAUAUCUCACAAUCCGCUCAUCCGAUUCCCUCGAAAAUUUAACUAGAGCUCCGUGUCAUCAUUACCGAGAUUUCAUAUGUUCGGACCGAAGACCGAUUAUGCACUGAAAACUCCCAGCAUUUUGAAGAACAUUGUAAUCUUUCGGUAAAAAGUGCAUUUUCGGGUAUGUCGCGCCAAGUUUGAAAAUUCAUAACUUCUUCGAUUUUUAUCGUAUGAAGUCCAUUCCGGCGGCAUUUUUUCAGAAAUUUCGUUAGCUUCGAUUCUUUGUCACACGUGCUUGUUCAGAUUUCGAGCCGAAGGAUGAGUUUUAUCGAGUUCUUUGAGCGGUACGCACAAAAUUCUGCACAGUCGCACCAGAUGAACCGAUUUUUCUCGUCAUUCAAACGCGCAUAAUUUCCUCACCGUUUGUCGGAUUGAGACGAUUCUCGCGGCUACGAGUCACAAAUUUAGUCAUCUUCGAGAUGACGUUGGUCCCGUUUCCGGAUUUUGCACCGAGUCACAUUUCCCCGAAAAUAAGCAAAAAGAGAUACGUCGGGGGCAUUUUUGACAUUUCACCACUUACCCUAUAUAAACAAUUUUCCCUCCUUUUUUCUCAUAACUUCAAUUCACCCAAAAAUCUCAUAAACUCUUCUCUUAAUUCUCUCUCAAAUUCUUAGAAUCAAAACUACAAAAUUACUCAAAAACUCCAACAAUUUUCAUCAAUUUCUCAAGAACAUAACAACACAAAAUGGAUUGAAGCACAAGAACUUUUAUCCCUCCCUCUCAAUCAAAACGCUGCACUCUCUUCCUUCUCCCUCCGUACGCGUCGCUACCAGAGCAUCCUCCGGCCACCGCAUCGCCGUUGCCGCUCUCCCUCAUCUCGCUGGAAAACCAACGCUGUUCUCUCACUGUUUUGCGUGAUCUCAGCAACUUUCAAUUCCUCUUCAAUUCUUAAUCCAAUUCUUGAGCUCGCUCGCGGGAUCCUAGUUUACUCACUCUCCUCGCUUUAGCUUACGGAUCAUCAUCCGUUUGAUGCAAUGCAAGACUUCCUCGGCUCCAUUCGCCGAUCCAUAGUUUUCUCAUCUCCACCCGCACACGACGACGAUGGACGCUUCACCGGAUUCGCCAACAAGAUCGGCUCCGCCAUUCGUAAAUCCAGAAUCGGCCUCAAGUCUCCUCCUCCACCUCCGCCGCCAAUUAGGUGGCGGAAAGGUGAGUUGAUUGGUUCCGGUGCUUUCGGUCGAGUUUAUAUGGGUAUGAACCUCGACUCCGGGGAGCUUAUUGCCGUUAAACAGGUUUUGAUCGAGCCUGGUAUCGCUUUCAAGGCGAAUACACAGGCUAAUAUUCGGGAGCUUGAAGAAGAAGUGAAGCUUCUCAAGAAUCUUAAGCAUUCAAAUAUUGUUAGAUACUUGGGAACGGCUAGAGAGGAAGAUUCCUUGAAUAUUCUGCUGGAGUUUGUACCUGGUGGAUCUAUCUCGUCACUGUUGGGGAAAUUCGGAUCCUUUCCUGAGUCAGUUAUAAGAACGUAUACAAAACAGCUUUUAGAGGGGCUUGAAUACCUUCACAAUAACAGAAUUAUUCACAGGGACAUUAAGGGUGCAAACAUUCUAGUUGAUAACAAAGGGUGUAUUAAACUCGCAGACUUUGGUGCAUCCAGGAAAGUCGUGGAAUUGGCUACCAUAAAUGGAGCAAAGUCUAUGAAGGGUACCCCACACUGGAUGUCACCUGAAGUUGUUUUACAGACAGGAUAUACAACCUCUGCUGAUAUAUGGAGUGUUGCAUGCACUGUGAUAGAGAUGGCCACAGGAAAGCCUCCAUGGAGUCAACAGUAUCCCCAGGAGGUUUCAGCUCUUUUCUACAUUGGGACAACUAGAUCUCAUCCACCAAUACCUGAACAUCUGUCUGCUGAGGCAAAGGACUUUUUGCUGAAAUGCUUUCACAAGGAACCAGAUUUAAGACCUUCUGCAUCAGACUUGUUACUGCAUCCAUUCAUCACUUGCGAGUAUCAGGAAUCUCAUUCAAUGUCACGCAGUUCGGUCAGGGACUCUUGCAAUCGGAUGGCAACACAUGGGAUGAACACUAGGAACUUUUUGGAUUCCAUCCAAGGAUCAACCUGUACUGGCCUAAAGGAUGUUUGUCAGAUGGAUAGUUUAAGGUUCUCAAAUGCAAAUCUUCUAAAACCAGGUUCCUACCAGGGAGCAGACAACUAUGAUGAUGACAUGUGUCGGAUGGAUGAUGAAGAUGAUAUUUUGGUUGCGUCAUCAGUAAAAGCUAACUUCCUACUUGCUGCUGACGACAUAAAGAGUUUCAAUCCAAUGUGCGAACCUGUGGAGGAUGGCUGGGCUUGCAUGUCUGAUGAAACACUAAAUUUGAAGAAAAGCAGACUGAACUUGUCCCCAGAUCAAACUAUUAGGAAAACUAUGAGUACCAAACCAUCUCCUAAUGCAGAGAAGGAGUUUUCAUUUUCAAGUGAACCUCUUGGUGUUGAAGAUGAUGAUGAAGUGACAGAGUGCAAAAUUAGAGCUUUCUUGGAUGAUAAGGCCUUUGAACUGAAUAAGCUCCAAACACCUCUUUAUGAAGAAUUCUUUGGCAAAUCAAUUGCAGCCAUUCCUCCUGUACCUGUUGCAGUUUCAAAGAGUAAAGUUAUUUCAGAUGUCUCAAAUGUAACAUCGAAAAGCGGGUCUCCUUGUCGAGAUAGACGGCGAUUCUCAAUGGCUAGCAUUACCAAUGUAACAAGCCCUGAGAGUCAUAGAAAAUAUCUUACGAAACCUGUGACUGCUCGUAGUAAACCUUUGCAGGAAAUUCAGCCUUCUGAGCUUUAUGAGUCAAAGGAGACUCUUCAUGAUGCUGAGCUGGGAUCAAGUGUCAGCCCAAGCUUCUCCGAGAGGCAAAGGAAAUGGAAAGAAGAACUUGCAGAAGAGCUUGAGCGGACGCGAGAGGUUAUGCGUCAAACAGGUGGAGGGAAGAUAACAUCCCCAAAGGAUCGCAAUUUUCUCAGAGACUGAUUGCUUGUUCAUUGCUUCUUCGGGCUAUUUUCAAUUCAUCUUUUGACAUUUUCCUGCAAGGAGGAAAACUAGUCUUAUCUUUUGGAGGAUUUGCAAGUAUAUAACAGCAUUUACCAUGCCAAGUAACCUUGCAAUGAAGAAUUCGAAAUUUUGGCUCGGCAGGAAAAUUUAAAAUUAGUAGUACAUUGAUAUUGAUUUUUUUUCUUCUUUUUCAAUAUCUUCCCGAUUCUCUCUGUAUUUUAGCUAGAUAUGCAUAUAGUGUAUUAAGUUAUUAUGUAUAAAAAUAUCAUCCAAAUAGAAAAGAAGUGAAGAAAGUUUAAUAUGUUUAUGGAGUUCUGAGGAAAUUAUAAAUGGAGUGACAUGGCUACACAGUCUUUGAUCUAUGAUUGGCUAUGUGCUUACAAAGUUAAGCACAGUUGUGGUAUUUUACCGGGCUUGCCUUUAAAUUCCAUUAAUUCUUUGGGUUGCUCUUCCUA